AAGAUCUCUUCCUGGUCUGACGUAAUGACGUGCGUGGAGCAAGACUGGUCAGACAAACUACCUAUUAUUCGAAAGUCUCUACUGUUAUUAUUGUCAACAAAUAGCUAUUGUUUUUCAUCUCUUUGUGAUCAUUUUACACAAUCCCAACGUUGGCGAAGGAUAUUCAAGGUAGUCAACUUGUUUUGGGGAAAGUUAUAUACGAGUUUGUGUAGGUAAAAGUCGCACGACACUGGCUGCCGGUCGGUUCCUAUGCGAUAGGGACAUGUUGUUAUCCAUUGUUUUGGACUUGUAGCGCUUGUUGUCUUCGUUCCCACACUAGAAUAGUGUCUCUCUCUCUCUGCGAUGGCCGAGGCGAGGAGAGUGGAGGACGAACAGCAGGAGAGUUUGAGAGGGGAACCGAGGGAACCUGUCGGAAGAAGACAGCCUCCACGACCGACCAACUCAUCUGGAGAGCGCUCAGAGAGGCAGAAAGACCACAGACUCAGCCAAGGACCUCUCUCCUCUAUCAGGGCCGCCAUUAAGAGGACGACGACUAGAUCCACUUCUGUGAGCGAGAGUACUCCCAGAGACCGGAGGCGUCCAGAGAUCACCAUCCUUUCAGCAGAGCCACUGGUGUCUAAUACUUGGUUCCCCGGGGCUUCUGGGGGAUUCCCUCCUCCUCCUCCUCCUGCCGCUCAGAUCUGGGGCAGUACUAUACCUCCUACUAUACAGCCUCCCCCCUCCUAUGAUGAGGUGAUUAGAGAGAAGAUACAGGAACAGGAUCAAGUGUUGCCUUCCUCCUCCUCACCCCUACACUCCGUCUCCACGACUACCAUCGCCACGCAGACUGACACCGGACCAGAAUCCUCAGGUCCAACCCACAGUCACGCCCCAGUCCAGAGAGGCUCAGUGGCCACCAGAGCUCCAAAACCUCCCAGACCUUCUUUCCCCUUUAUAUCCAAACCUGAUGACACAACGUCGCACGUUGAUGACACGCCGGGAGCUGCUACUGUCGACCCUCCCCUCUUCCUAGAAAACAGUCCGGCACUACACACGCACACUCCGGCCAGCAGACACACCGAGGACACCAGACCAGCAGCGUUUCACAGUGACCUCUUGACUUCUGAUCCUUUCUCACCUCUGACCUUUGCCUCUGGCAGCCAAACCGACCAAUGGGUGCAGUCCUCCUCGGUCCCACCCCCUCAUUCUACUGUUGCCUUGACAACUCCCUCCUCCCCUCCUCUGCUUCAUAACCGGCCCAGGCCACACCCUCGCACGAAGAAUAGCCUUCGACCAAUCAGGCGAGAGGUCAAGGUUCAGACCCUGGUGAGGUUGGGACAGACAGAAAGUGAGGUCACAGAGAACCAGGAAGUGAGGAAUCAGGAGGGGAAGUACCUUCAGGAGCUCCUGGACGCCUUCAGCUCAGACGAUUGGGGCUUCCCUGAUCACCAUAGCAACGACAAGAGAGAGAGCGACUCAGAAGAAGAAGAAGAAGAAGAGGAGGAAGAUAUGAGUACUCUGAGAGCCAGGAUACAAGCCUUCGAGCAGCAGCAACAGGCAGAGGACCACGGUAACCAUGGAGACAACGGCGCGUCGCUAGGGCGGGGGAGACCUGAACCCCGUCACCGAGUCCAGCCCCCGUCCAAACCGGCCCCUCCCAUCGCCCCUAAACCCUCCCUCGCAACCAAGACCUCCUGCAAAGGAGUCUGGCAAGGAGGAGGCUCGGUGGCAAUCGACGUGAACUUGACUGUUGAUACAACCACCACACAGCCCAAACCCAGUGACCCCUCUCCCAAACCCAGUGACCCCUCUCCCAAACCCAGUGACCCCUCUCCCAAACCCAGUGACCCCUCUCCCAAACCUAUUAAGACCACCUCAAGUACCCCUGUCCCUGCCCUUAACCCUAUUGUCCCAAUACCUGCACCCCGACCCCUGCUCCCUAGAAAGCCCCCCUCUGAACCCCAAAGACCAGACCGCCAGGCGAGGCAGACAGAGGGGAUCCCCCCAAUUCCCUGUCCUCCUCCCAGACCUCCAGUAGCACCCAGGACUAAACCCUCCGUAGACCUCCACAGCACCAACACUAAACCCUCCGUAGACCUCCACAGCACCAACACUAAACCCUCCGUAGACCUCCACAGCACCAACACUAAACCCUCCGUAGACCUCCACAGCACCAACACUAAACCCUCCGUAGACCUCCACAGCACCAACACUAAACCCUCCGUAGACCUCCACAGCACCAACACUAAACUCUCCGUAGACCUCCACAGCACCAACACUAAACCAAGUGUUGCUCAGAAGCCCACUGCCAUGACGUCAUCUGGUCGAGCGAGUGCCCUACCAGAGAACAGGAGACCUUCUCUGCCGUCCAAACCCUCCAUUCAGACCUUAAUCCCAGCUCCAGUCCAGGCUACUCCCCCAACCUUAGCCCCAUCUCCAAACCCAGCCCCAGUGGGUUCUACCCCACCAGUCUUACCCCCAGUGGGAUCUACCCCCCCAGUCUUACACCCAGCCCCAGUGGGUUCUACCCCUCCAGUCUUACACCCAGCCCCAGUGGGUUCUACCCCUCCAGUCUUACACCCAGCCCCAGUGGGUUCUACCCCUCCAGUCUUACACCCAGCCCCAGUGGGUUCUACCCCCCCAGUCUUAAACCCAGCCCCAGUGGGUUCUACCCCUCCAGUCUUACACCCAGCCCCAGUGGGUUCUACCCCCCCAGUCUUACCCCCAGCCCCAGUGGGAUCUACCCCCCCAGUCUUACCCCCAGCCCCAGUGCGGUCUACUCCCCCAGCCUUACCCCCAGCCCCAGUCCAAAGGAAAACUCCACCAGUCUCCACAGAGUCUGAACCUCCUCUUCCUCCUCGACCCCAGGGAGGGGUUAAGAUGCUCCCCCUCCGCCCCCCUCCCAUAAAGACUGUUCCUGGUCGACCCCCACCUCCUCAGGCUAUCUCUGCCCCCUCUACUAUAUCAUCCAAUCAGCCAUCCCCUCCCCAGGAUGUCUCUGCCCCCUCUAUCACAUCAGCCGAUCAACAGGCUGUCCCCGCCCACUCCAAUCAGCCGCAGGGUCAGAGGGCACCAAAGAGAGGCCCCCCUCUACCCCCCCGACCCAAGCCUGGACAUCCCCUGUACAAGAACUACAUGAAACAGGACGUCCUGGUUCUGUUGGAGAAGAUAGACUCCGCCCACGAUGAUUGUCUCCUGGGGGAGGAGUCAGGUCGUGUUCAAGAGUCACACAUGACUGUCAUCAACCCUCUGUCUGACCAAUCACGGCCUCCCAACAACCAACAAAACCAAUCGGAUCCCGCCUCGGAUGACAAGAGCCAAUUGAAGCCUCCCUCUGAAUACAAGAGCCAAUCAGAAGCUCCGUCCAUCCUCCCAUCUCAGACCAGUGUAGAGAAGACCCAGGUUACAGCACCUGGCAGCGGUCCGAGGUGUGUGGCGCGGUUCGACUACGAGGGUGAGGAGGAAGACGAGCUGACCUUCUCCGAGGGUAACGUCAUCGCUCUGACGGAGGUGAUUGAUCAGGAGUGGGGGCGGGGUCAGAUCCACGGGCGAAUAGGAAUCUUUCCCCUGGCCUUCACCGAGAUCCUGGAGGAACCACCCCCGUCGCCAGGGUUACAGACCAUUGUCGAGACAACUGAAUCCGCAGACGUUCCAGACCAGUGGGUUGUGGCUCUCCACGACUUCCCAGGUCAGACUGCAGAGGAUCUGUGGUUCCAGCAGGGGGCGCUGAUCAGAGUAACGCAGCGUGUCGACGCAGACUGGACCAGAGGAACACUGGACGGACGGGAGGGACUGUUCCCCACUACCUUCACACACACCUGUAACACAGCUCAGCCAAUGACGGGCCAGCCUGUGGCCAGGGGCGUGGCCAAGGUCCUGUUUGAUUUCAGUGGAGAGAGAGAAGAUGAGCUCUCACUGAAGGCAGGGGAGGUAGUAACAGAGGUGGUGACAGUAGAUGAGGAGUGGUAUCUGGCGGAUGCAGGAAGGAGACGAGGCCUGGUCCCCAAAAACUACCUGACACUGCUUCCUGACAGCUGCAAAUAGGACUAUGUGAUAUAUAUAAACUACAUUGCCAUAAGUAUGUGGACACCCCUUCAAAUGAGUGGAUUCAGCUAUUUCAGCCACACCCGUUGCUGACAGGUGUGUAAAAUCAAGCGUGUCGCUUUGCGAUCUCCAUAGACAAACAUUGACAGUAGAAUGGCCCUUACUGAAGAGCUCGGUGACUUUCAACGUGGGCACCGUCAUAGGAUGCCACCUGUUUGACAAGUCAGUUGGUCAAGUUUCGUCCGGUCACCUGUAAGUGUUGAUAUUGUGGAGCUCACCUCUUAUUGGACUCUGGAGUGAUGAAUCGCGCUUCACCAUCUGGCAGUCCGACGGACUAAUCUGGGUUUGGUGGAUGCCAGGAGAACUCUACCUGCCCCAAUGCAUAGUGCCAACUGUAAAGUUUGGUGGAGGAGGAAUAAUGGUCUGGGGCUGUUUUUCAUGGUUAAGGCCCCUUAGUUCCAGUGAAGGGAAAUCUUAACGCUACAGCAAACAAUGACAUUCUAGAUGAUUCUGUGAUUCCAGGUUUGUGGCAACAGUUUGGGGAAGGCCCUUUCUUGUUUCAGCAUGACAAUGCCCCCGUGCACAAAGCGAGUUCCAUACAGAAAUGAUUUGUUGAAAUCAGUGUGGAAGAACUUGACUUGCCUUCACAGAGCCCUGACUUCAACCCACCGAACACCUUUGGUAUGAAUUGUAAGUCCCCACAGCAAUGUUCCAACAUCUAGUGGAAAGCCUUCCCAGAAGAGUGGAGACUGUUAUAGCAGCAAUGUUCCAACAUCUAGUGGAAAGCCUUCCUAGAAGAGUGGAUGCUGUUAUAACAGCAAAUUGGGGACCAACUCUAUAUUAAUUCAUAUUAAUUCCCAUGAUUUUUGAAUGAGAUGUUCGACGAGUAGGUGUCCACAUACUUUUGGUAAUGUAGUGUAUCUUUGAAUAUGUGCCUUCAGAAAAUAUUCAUACCCCUUGACUUAUUCCAUAUUUUGUUUUACAGCCUGAAUUCAAAAUUGAUUAAAUAGGUUUUUUUUCUCACAGAUCUACAUACGAUAUCCCAUAAUGACAAAGUGAAAACAUGUUCUUAGAAAUGUUUGCAAAUGUAUUGAAAAUUAAAUGCAGAAAUAUCUAAUUUACAUAAGUAUUUACACCCCUGAGUCAAUACUUUGUAGAAGCACCAUUGACAGUGAGUCUUUCUGGGUAAAUCUCUUAAGAGCUUUCCACACGUGAAUUGUGUAACAUUUGCCCAUUUAUAAUUUUCAAAAUUCUUUAAGCUCAGUCAAAUUGGUUGUUGAUCAUUGCUAGACAAAUUUAUUUGAAAAUCUAUAUCAAGAACAGGAUUCAAUCAAAACUGUAACUAGGCCAUUCAGGAACAUUCCAUGUCAUCUUGGUAAACAACUCCAGUGUAUAUUUAGCCUUGUGUUUUAUGUUAUUGACCUGCUGAAAGGUCAUUUCAUCUCCCAGUGUCUGUUGGAAAGCAGACUGAACCAGGUUUUCCUCUAGGAUUUUGCCUGUGCUUAGCUCAAUUCCAUUUCUUUUUUAUCCUGAAAAACUACCUAGUCCUAAAGGAUUUCAAGCAUACCCAUAACAUGAUGCAGCCAGCACCAUGCUUGUACAUAUGAGAUGUGGUACUCAGUGAUGUGUUGGAUUUGUGCCAAACAUAACGCUUUGUAUUCAGGACAAAAAGUUCAUUUCUUUGACACAUUUUUUGCCGUUUUACUUAAGUGCCUUGGUUUGGAAUAUUUGUAUUCUGUACAGGCGUCCUUCUUUUCCCUCUGGCCUGGUCUUUGUGGUUGAAUCUGUGUUUGAAAUUCACUGCUCAACUGAGGGACCUUACAAUUAUCUGUAUGUGUGGGGUACAGAGAUGAGGUCAUUCAAAAAUCAUGUUAAACACUAUUAUUGAACACAGAGUGAGUCCAUGCAACUUAUAAUGUGACUUGAUAAGAAAAUCUUUACUCCUGAUCUUGUUUAGGUUUGCCUUAACAUAGAGGUUGAAUACUUAUUGACUCAAGACUUUUCAGCUUUUCAUAUUUUAUUCAUUUGUAAACAUUUCUAACAAAAAACAUAUUUACACUUUGACAUUAUGGGGUAUUGUGUGUAGUCCAGUAACAAAAUAUCAAUUGAAUCCAUUUUAAAUUCCAUCUGUAACAGAACAGCAUGUGGAGUGAAUAUACACUGAGUAUAAAAAGCAUUGCUGAAUCCAGGUAAAACCUAUGAUGUUUUUAUCGAUUCGAAAUCCACUUUAAUCAAGUGUAGAUGAAGAGAAGGAUACAGAUUAAAGAAGGAUUCUUGAGCCUUGGUGUAUUCGUGCCAUUCAGAAGGUGAACGGACAAGACAAAAUAUUGAAGUACCUUUGAACAGGGUAUGGUAAUAGGUGCCAGACGCACCGGUUUGUGUCAAGAACUGCAACGCUGCUGGAUUUUUCACGCUCAACCGUUUCCUGUUUGUAUUAAGAAUGGUCCACCAACCAAAGGAGGUCCAACCAACUUGACACAACUGUGGGAAGCAUUGGAGUCAACAUGGGCCAGCAUCACAGUGGAACGCUUUCCACAGAGUCCAUAUCCUGACGAAUUGAGGCCGUUCUGAGGGCAAGAGGGGGGUGCAAUUGAAUGUUAGGAAGGUGUUCCUAAUGUUUUGUCCACUGUGUAUAUAGCAGGUCUGUGUGGGUGUGUGAGGUACAGGGACUGAGAGAGAAAGUGUUUGUUAAGCGAAUGAAUGAGUAUGUGUUGUAGUACCGAUGUGGUUGAUGAGCAUUCUGUUUACAUCUCAGUAUGAUAAGGAAUAGAUCGAAAACAGUUUGGCAAACUACCCUCCACAUUGACACCAAACUACCCUUCAUAUUGACACCACACUGUCCUCCAUAUUGACACCAAACGACCCUUCAUAUUGACACCACACUGUCCUCCAUAAUGACACCAAACUACCCUCCAUAUUGACACCAAACUACCUUCCACAUUGACACCAAACUACCCUCCACAUUGACACCAAACUACCCUCCUCAUUGACACCACACUACCCUCCACAUUGACACCACACUACCCUCCUCAUUGACACCACACUACCCUCCACAUUGACACCACACUACCCUCCACAUUGACACCACACUACCCUCCACAUUGACACCAAACUACCCUCCACAUUGACACCACACUACUCUCCAUAUUGACACCACACUACCCUCCAUAUUGACACCAAACUACCCUCCAGACACCAAACUACCAUCCAGUGACAAACUACCCUCUAUAUUGACACCAAACAACCAUCCAUAUUGACACCACACUGUCCUCCAUAUUGACACCAAACUACCCUCCACAUUGACACCAAAUUGUCCUCCAUAUUGACACCACACUGUCCUCCAUAUUGACACCAAACUAUCCUCCAUAGACACCAAACUACCAUCCAUAUUGACACCAGACUACCAUCCACAUUGACACCAAACCACCCCCCAUAUUGACAACAAACCACCCCCCAUAUUGACACCAAACCACCCCCCAUAUUGACACCAAACCACCCUCCAUAUUGACACCAAACCACCCUCCAUAUUACAUCUCAGUACUUUACUUUGGUGCCAAAAUGGCACCCGUUGUAAUUCUACAUGUGAAACCGUUUGCUGAAUCCUGUUGAAUCUAUCCCAGUAUCAGAAUGUCACCAGCAAGCCAGCCUUACAGCACAGUGCUUUUCAACCAUAGAAAUAGAAUUACUAGAAUGGUCAUCCACAUUUCAGUCUAUGGGUAUGUGACGGGUGGUGCCGUGCCUUGAGUGUACCCAAUGGGGGUGCAGUUCAAUUGCCAUUUUCUGAAGGUCUGUUAAACCAUCCCAGUAAUGUUGUAUUUCUUUUGUUUUUAACCUGGUACUUUACCUGAUCCUGUAUCUCAUAAGGUGACCUAGUGGUCACUUUGGGGGUGUCAUGGGGGUGUAAUGGGGGUGUCAUGUCAAAUGUGACUUAAAUGGAGGUUGGUUUUCUUUCUCUCAGUGUUUACCUGCUUUGUGUCGUUACAUACUGUAUAACUGGAUGUUCCAUACAGGCUGUUUAAUCCAAAUAAACAUGUUUUAAUACUA